GGGGAAGUCCAGGGGCCGCGGCGCUGGAGAACCCCGUGAGGACGAGGCGGAAGAGGCGGCGGCGGGGCUGAGAAGGGAGGCCUCCCCGUCGCCCCUUCCCUCCGCCGCCCUGGGCCGCGGGAGCAGCAUGGCCGCGAGCCUGUGGAUGGGCGACCUGGAACCGUAUAUGGACGAGAACUUCAUUUCAAGAGCUUUCGCCACGAUGGGGGAGCUUGUUCUGAGUGUCAAAAUCAUUCGGAAUAGAUUGACAGGGAUUCCGGCAGGCUACUGCUUUGUAGAAUUUGCUGAUCUAGCCACUGCUGAAAAGUGUUUACAUAAAAUCAACGGCAAACCUCUUCCUGGUGCCACACCUACAAAGCGAUUUAAAUUAAACUACGCAACAUACGGAAAGCAGCCAGAUAACAGCCCAGAAUAUUCACUAUUUGUGGGAGAUCUUUCCCCGGAUGUGGACGAUGGGAUGAUAUAUGAGUUCUUCGUAAAAGUAUACCCAUCAUGCAGGGGUGGCAAAGUUGUUGUAGACCAGACGGGUGUUUCCAAGGGCUAUGGUUUUGUGAAAUUCUCAGAUGAAUUGGAACAGAAAAGAGCGCUGGUGGAAUGCCAGGGCGCCGUGGGUCUUGGUUCCAAACCGAUACGCUUGAGCAUUGCCAUACCAAAAGCUAACCGGCUGAAGACAGUUGAAUACAAUCAGAUGUACAACUAUAACUACAACCAGUACUACCAGCAAUAUCAGAACUAUUAUGCCCAUUGGGGGUACGAUCAGAACACAGGCAGUUACAGCUACAGCUAUCCGCAGUAUGGCUACACGCAAAACACCAUGCAGACCUAUGAAGAGGUUGGCGAAGAUGCGUUAGAAGGCUUCCUUUCCUUUCCAGAUCCAAUGCCCCAGAUGGAGGUGAGCGAAGCCAACAAGCAGUUUAUGGAGCAGAGCGAGGAGCUCUACGACGCCUUGAUAGAAUGCCACUGGCAGCCUUUGGACAGUGUCUCUUCAGAGAUCCAAGCCGUGUAAGGGCCCGUGUU